AUGGAGCUGCUCGAUCCCGCCACCGGCAAGGCCCUGCCAGCCGACGCCAUCCAGCGCGUGCUCUUCAUCGCCAACAAGGUCUACGUCUACAACAUCCCGCCCAUGGCCUCGAUGCGCGGCCACAACGCCGCCUCCUGGACCGUCGACCCGGCGCGGCAAAUCUUCACCGCCCGUCUGCGCGUCGUCGAGACCUCCUACGACUCCCCCUCGGCCCAGCAGCAGCUCAAGGUCGACGUCGUCCUCGAGGACCCCGCUACGGGCCAGCUCUUUGCCGCCUCGCCGUACGCCGACGCCGCCGCCGUGGAGCCCGCCGUCGACAGCUCCCGCUUCUUCGCGCUGACGGUGCGCGACGAGGCCGGGCGCAAGGCCGUGCUCGGCGUGGGCUUCGAGGAGCGGCCCGAGGCGUUUGACUUUAGCAUUGCGCUGCAGGAGGCGCGCAAGGCGCUGGGCUGGGAGACUAGCGGUGGUGAUGCGCAGCGGGAGGGGGAGAAGAAGUCGGCGGCAGCGGCGCCGCCGGCGCCGCACAAGGACUAUAGCCUCAAAGAGGGCGAGACCAUUACGAUAAAUAUCGGCAACAAGUUUGGCCGCAGAAAACAGCAGCAGAAGCAGCAGCAGGCUGAGGAGGCGAGCGGCCCCGCGGCGAGCUUGCAGUCUUUUGCUUUGGCGCCGCCGCCGCCGUCGAGUAGGGCCGAAGGGAGCAGCAGUCCCGGAGGAGCCGCCGCCGGCAGCAGCGCGGAUGGGGGUGGUGGCUUCGCGCUGCCGCCGCCGCCGCGCGCGCAAGAUGUAAAGUCGAAGCGCAAGUCGCUUAUGCAGAUGGGAUUCGAUGACGGGCAGUUUGGAGAGUUCGCGUAA